AUGCUGAAUGAAGAAACUAUUGGGGUUGAUAUGGAUAAAAUAGAAGAUGAUAUAACAAAAAAUAAAGAUGGAAUAGAAAAAAAAAAAAAGAAAAAAGUUCAAUUUUCUGAUAAAAAUGAAACAAUAUAUUAUGAAAAAGAUGAAAGUGAAAAUAAUUAUUUUAAUCUUUCUUUAAACAACUUUAAUUAUUUUGAAUGUUUUUAUAAUGAAAUGUAUGAUUGUGAUUUUGACGAAAAAGGUUUUAAGACUGAAGAUAUAUAUAUAAAUGGAGAAAAAGGAAAUAAAUAUAAUAAAUUUUAUGAAAAAGAUAUAUCAGAUAAGGAAAGAUAUACACAGACAAAAAAAAACACCUUUGAAAAUGGAUUAAAUAUAAACGAAAAUAUGAAAACAGAUAACUUAAAAAUUUUUAAUUUAAAAAGGGAAAAAUUUAGUCAAUCUUUUAAUGAAGAUUGCUCCUUUGAAGUAAAUGAUAUACAUACAGCUAUUAUCAAUGCAGAAGAAAAAACAUCUAAUUAUAGCAAAUAUUAUUUUGGAUAUGAUAUUGAACCAUUUAAUAUGAAAAAUGAAUUAAAAGAAGGAUAUAUUGAUAAAUAUGGGAAUUAUAUUUAUAAUGAAUCCGACAAUGAUGAUAUUGAAGAAGCUUGGUUAAAAUCAGUUGAUGAAAAAGAUCCAUUUUCUACAUUUUCUGAUCAGAAAUUAAAAACAAAAAUACAUAAUGAAAUAAAUUCAAAAUAUGAUGAAGCAAAUAAUUUAAAUAAUGACUUACUUACAGUUAAUAUUUAUGAUGCUCUUUAUUCUCUAUGCUGUUUAUUAAUAGAUAAAGAAACACCAAUUAAAGCAAUGAUUAGAUAUAAAAAUGAUUUGAAGUUAUGUAAAAAUUACCUAAAUGAAUGUAAACUUAAAAUAGAAAAAUUAAAUUCUCUCUCCAAUUUUCAUGAGAAUAAAAAUUCUUUAUUUAAUAUAAAUUUAAACAAUGAAGAGAAUAACUUAGAUAAUUCUUAUUUCAAUUAUAAAGAUCAAAAUAAAAAAAAAUUAUUGCAGAUAAAUAUUAAAAAAAAAGAUAUUAGUGUAAACACUAAAACAAGAAAUGAAAAUUUUAUAUUGAGCAAUGAAGAAAAUGCAAAUAUGAAAAACAAAGAUGAAAUAGAAAAUGAGAAUGAAAUAAAAAAAGAUAUAAAAAAUGAAAAAGAAAUAGAACAUAUAAAAAAUGAAAAUGAAAUAAAAGAUAAUAAAAAAAAUGAAAAUGAAGUAAAUGAAGAUAUAAAAAAUAAAGAAGAAACAAAAGAAGAUAUGAAAAAUGACAAUGAAAUAAAAAAUAAAGAAGAAACAAAAGAAGAUAUGAAAAAUGACAAUGAAAUAAAAAAUAAAGAAGAAACAAAAGAAGAUAUGAAAAAUGACAAUGAAAUAAAAAAUAAAGAAGAAGCAAAAGAAGAUAUGGAAAAUGACAAUGAAAUAAAAAAUAAAGAAAAAACAAAAGAAGAUAUGGAAAAUGACAAUGAAAUAAAAAAUAAAGAAAAAACAAAAGAAGAUAUAAAAAAUGACAAUGAAAUAAAAAAUAAAGAAGUAAAAGAAGAUAUGGAAAAUGACAAUGAAAUAAAAAAUAAAGAAGAAAUAAAAGAAGAUAUGAAGAGUGAAGGGCAAAUAAAAAGCAAAGAAGUAAAAAAAGAAUUAAAAAAUGAAGAAAUAAAAAUAGAAGAAGUAAAAAUUAAUACAGCUAUAGAUAUAUCACAUGAAAAAAUAGAUGGAUUACAAGUGAAUAUAUGUAAAGGAGAUAUUUACGAAAAUAGUAAACAUAAUAUAAAUGAAGAAAAAAUUGAUAAAAAUUUAAUAAAUAAUAAAAAAGAAAAUAAUAAUGAUUUGGUUAACGAUGAAAAAUUAAAAGAAUUACAUAAAUUAGAAGAAACAUAUCUAAAAAUAGCACUGGAUUAUAAAACAAUAGAAAGACGAUUUAACAAUUUAAUUGACUUAACACAAAAAUUAACUAAUGAAUAUAAGAAUGUUUAUUUUUUAACAAAAAAUGAAUUUGAAAAUUUAUGUAAAAAAUUAGAAGAAUACAAAGAAAAUGUAGAUAUACAAUGGCAAUUCAAAUGGAAUAAUGAUCUUGAUAAUAAUAUAUAUGGCCCUUUUAAUUAUUACGAUAUAUAUAAUUUAAUAUCAGUAGGAAUAGUAUCAGCAGCAAAUCCUAUACAACUAAGAAGGAUAAAUAAUGAAAAUCAAGUUUUAGAAAAUAUAUGGCAAAUGUAUGACGCAGUUAAUUACUUAACAUUUGUUAGUAAUGAUAAUAUUAAGAAAAAAAGAAAAUUAAAUGAAACCGAUAUAAAAGAGGAACAUGAUGUAGAACAUGAUAAUGAAGAAUCAACAAAUUCUUUAGAUGAAGAAUAUGAUAUAAAAAAAAAAAGGAAAAAAAAAAAGGGUUUAAUUCAAAUUUCUAAGAAGAAUAAAAAAUCAAAUGAACAAGAAGAUAGUGAUAAUGAUGAUGAUUUUGAAAGUUGCUACGAAUUUUGA